UGUACCUGGCAUAAAGAAGUCCUGCAGUUACUUGUAGCCUUUCGGGAGGAACAUUGUCCCUGAAGUGAAUAUCCCCAACCUUAAAAAUCGACACGCCCCAAAAUACCGUUCCGAGGAUUAGCAGAUCGUCUCAUAACACGUAUUUAACGCUGCCGUCGACAUGAGUGCGCCAGAUCCUCACUACAAUAUGUCUCACAAGAAGAGAGGCCUCGCCUACAUCAUCACCAACUCUGACUUUGACCACCUUCCUCAUCAACCCGGAAAUGACGUGGACGAGGAGAGACUAAUAAAGGCAUUCGGGACGCUGUCGUUUGACGUCACACCUGUCCGUAAUCUGACGGUCAAAGAAAUGGUGGACGGAGUAGAGAAAGUGUCCACGAUGGAUCAUACGAAUAACGACUGUUUUGUCUGCGUGAUUCUGUCACACGGGGAGGAGGACAAGGUCCAUGGUACUGAUGGUCCAGUGGAGGUCACAAAACUCUUGGCUCCAUUCAGAGGAGAUCGCUGUGGAACUCUAGACGGGAAACCCAAGCUCUUCUUCAUACAGACUUGUGGAAAGAAAUUUGAUGACUGGGGAGAUUUCGCGGAUGCUCUGGACGUGAAGGGAGAUGUUGACGGUGAUGAAGAGAUGGACGAUGGUGAGCCAAUAACCUACAGAGUGCCGAUAACGGCGGACUUCCUGAUUGCUUACUCCAGCGCAAAGGGUUCCCGAGCGUCCACCAACCAGAGGAAGGGUUCCUGUUACAUACAAGCACUGUGCGAGGUUCUUGAAGAACACGGGAUGAAGCUAGAACUAAUGGCGUUACUGACUCAAGUCAACAAGAAAGUGGCCUUUGGUUGUCUGUCCAACGUUCCACCUUCACCCUACACGCAUGGCAAGAGGCAGAUUCCUUGUAUAACUUCUAUGUUGACCGGAGAAGUGCGGUUUCAACCAAAGUAGCCAUUUAUUCGUUCCAUGCUAUCAAACACCGUCCAUGUUCGUGUAGGUUAAGACACGUGCAGGUAGACACACGUGUAGGUUAAGGCACGUGUAGGUUAGCGCACGUGUAGGUUAAGAUACGUGUAGGUUGACACACGUGUAGGUUAACACACGUGAAGGUUAAUACACGUGUAGGUUAAGACACGUGUAGGUUAAGACACGUGUAGGUUAAGGCACGUGUAGGUUAAGAUACGUGUAGGUUAACACACGUGUAGAUUAACAAACGUGAAGGUUAAUACACGUGUAGGUUAAGACACGUGUAGGUUAAGACACGUGUAGGUUAAGGCACGUGUUGGUUAAGGCACGUGUAGGUUAACACACAUAUGUUGGUUAAGGUACGUGUAGGUUAAGGUACAUGGAGGUUAAGACACGUGUAGGUUUAGACACGUGUACGUUAAGACACGUGUAGGUUAAGACACGUGUAGGUUAAGGCACGUGUAGGUUAACACACGUGUAGGUUUAGACAUGUGUAGGUUAAGGUACGUGUAGGUAAACACACGUGUAGGUUAAGGCACGUGUUGGUAAAGGCACGUGUAGGUUAACACACGUGUAUUUUAAGGCACGUGUAGGUGAACGCACGUGUAGGUUAACACACGUGUAGGUUAAGGCACGUGUAGGUUAAGAUACGUGUAGGUUACCACACGUGUAGGUUAAGGCAUAUGUUGGCACGUGUAAAUUAAGCCACGUUCUUCUCUUCCGUUGACAUUUUAUAUUUUCAUGUUUGUAGCCCGUUGUAUGAUCACUACCACCUGUCCCAAAAGCUGUAUCCGCGCUUGGAAUGUUCACGUUACUAUACUUUAUAAAACUCUGAAAUAUAUACUAAUCACAAUAAGUUAAAGAACACCCGAUGUUUUAAUGUGACACUUGUAUGUAUGUGGGUUUAAGAUGGUUUCGUGGCGAGUUGACGUGGACGCUAGGGUUGAUUCAUUGCUACUGUAUAUAGACACAAAAUACCUUAUGCAUAUUUAAGUGAGUAUGGUUUUACGCCGCCUUUAGCAAUAUUCUAGCAAUACCACGGCAGGGGACACCAGAUAGGCUUCACAAGCACUCAGUUUAUCCAUGUGGGGAAUCAAACCAGGAUCUUGGGCUCGACGAGUAACGCCUUAUCCACUAGGCUACCCAACCCUAUCCAUGGAUAUUUAAACACACAAGCAUACAGAUGAAUGUUUAAACACAUCAUUGGUCUCCUCAAACGUUUGUACUCAUUGUUACACAUGUUAUACUACCUGGAUAGUUCCUUCGUUGGAGCUACCCAGACUGUUUCCGACUGUGUGGUGGGUGAUGUGACGUGAUGUGAACAAAUCCUUCAGCUAGAAGGACAUCACCACCUACCGAAGCCUAUAAAACCCAUACCACAUGCGUGGAAGGUAUUUGCCAUUCUUGAUACAUGUUAUUUCACAGAGCGACCCGAUAAAGUUGAUUGUUUUCAUGAAAAGGUGAGGUGAGGUGAAAGGGGGUUUAACGUCGCGUCCAAGACUAUUGCAC